AUGCUGGAAAAUAAAAAAAAAUCGCCGAGUAAGGAAAUAGUUGGCAGUUGGGACGUGCCGCUCAGAGGCAAAAUUUAUAAAGUUGAAUUUGAACAUGGCACAACCACCGGAAAACGAGUUUUAUGGAUUGAUGGACAGGAAAUCUUUCGACGUGAUUGGAUGUUCAAAUUGGUUGGUGACGAGUGCUUUGAUCUGGGAAACACGAGGUGCAUUAUCACGGUGGAUCCAUUGCCUGGCUUUAGGUAUUCCUACACUCUGCUGGUCGAUGGUGAGCCGUUCAAGCAAUUUGCUGAUGCGCAGUCCCGUGUGCUCUGCACGUGGCGGGUGCUGAUCGAUGGUAGCAAAACUCACCGAGUGGUUUUGGAAAAAGAUACACUUGACAUUUGGCUAGACGGGGCAGUUAUCACCGAAACGAGCGAAUUCGUUGAUGGUGGAACCGACACUAAUUUCACAGUGGGCGGCCAACCUGCCCUCCUAACUGCUCGAACAAGUGGAGAUAAAAGAAAAGGAAUUAUAUAUACAUUGUAUAUAAAUGGAGCAGCUGUUGCCCCUAGCACAGACACAAAAUAA